AUGCAGCUGACUGCCGUAGUUUCAGUGAUUUGUGAUCACAUUGAUGCAAUUCACACUGCAACUAACACUCUUCUCAGACAAGUUAAGGCUUUGGACACUUGGAUCACCUCGGCGGAAGAGAUCCGUGCUGCGGCAGAGCAAAAGGCCAAAGAAGCCUAUGAGAAGUUGGACGUCCACGCUGAAUUGAGUAGGAAUAUUCAGAAAAUUGUGGAUGCCAAUGAGCGAAUUAAGAAUGUCAAUAAUAGUCUGAAUGGUCUUCAUGGCAAUUUGGAAAUGUGGAAUAAGCAGGCCAGUAAAGUGCUUACCAAUGCGGCUCAAAAGGCGCAGCAAGUGCAUGAUAAAUUGCAAGAAGAUAGGCAGCCUGGUGGUGGUGGUGGUCAAAAAACAGAACUUGGUGGACAUAUUAAGAAAAUUGAAGAUGCUAAAACAGAGAUUUCAAGCGCUAAUCAAACGCUUGCCUCUGAAGUCACAGCUUUGGGGAGUUGGCACACGGCGGCGGAAGAGAUUGUUUCCAAGGCGCAGCAUAAGUGUGAGGAGAUAAUGCAGAGAGCUCACAAGGGAAACGGUAAUCAAACUGAAAUAGAGAAGAAUGCUAACAUGUUGAAAGAGAAAGCAACGGCCCUUUUGGGCGCUUACAGCCAGGCGUAUCCUUUAGUUAACAAUUUGACUGAGAAAGUUCAAAAUGCCAUUGGAGAGUUGGAAACCGGCAUGAAACAGGAUUUGGAGAAUAUCAGAAAUAAUAUUGUGAGCAAGAUGAAGAGUCAUGUUGGGGAGAUGCUUAAGGAUAUUAAGGAGAAAGUGAAGGGGAUUAAGGGGGAGGCGGGAAAAUAUGAGAACAGUAAAUGGACAGACCCGGGCUCAGGCCUGGAUGGUAUUGUCACCGGAUUAGUUAACAGCUAUGCCAGUGGAUUUAGUGGGCAAUGGCCAUUUGAGGCUAUAGUGAAUGGAUGGUUGCUAAAAAUCUUGGGGAUGGAUGAACACCAUGAGAAUAAAACGGUGGAAGCGUGGCUUAAUAAGUAUGCUCUGGAUAGGACGAGCCAGAAUUUCCUAAUUGCCUCAUUCCGUAAUGCAAUCAUUAAAGCUAUAAAGGAAGAAUUUAGAUACAAGGAUGUUCAAAAGGCCGGUCAAAAGGUUGCAAGUGAGAUGAAAACAGCCAGCAGCAAAAUUAAAGAGACCGUUCAAGCUGUGAAAAAAGGCUGCGAUGAAUUUGUCAGUGGACUUGAUGAGAAACUUAAGGGCACGGGAAUUAAGCAGUUUGCCGAGGAAAUUUUGCAGAAGACUAUAUAUAUUGACAACAGGCAGCCUGUUUACUUCGUCACCGAACUGGCCCUCAUAGCUCUACGCGCCACUGCCAACCAGGUUGCCAACGAGCUUGAAUCCGUCUUCCUCGGAGAGUACAGGAUGGGAAACAACGGCAAGUGCAUCGCAAGCGAACUGGAUAAAGUAGUCGAUGUUACCCAGAAGCUUCAUACUGCACUUACCCAAGCGACCAGCCAAUCCACCCUCGGCAAUAAAGAAAGCCCCGCCAAAGCCGUGGACAGUAGGUUGGAGGCGGUGAGGAAAAUGGUUGAGAAGGAUGCGCUUACCAACAUAUUUACUGGCCAAGUUAAACAUGAACUUCAGCAGGCAGUCUCCCAACUUCCCACCGCCGUUAAUCAGUUCGACACUGAAGCUCAAGAGCAGAUCAAGGAAGCCGCCAAGACGGCGAUUGAGAGGGCGGCUGGGCAGAUUGAGAUGGACGGUGAUGGCAAAGUAAAACUUGAGGACAAUGGUCAAAUGUCCAAUUUCAAGAAAUCAUACGAUGCGAUUGUCAAGGAUCUCCCAACAAAACUUCAAGCACUGGCUGAUGAGCACAUUGGGGAGGAUGAUCCGCCGGGUGGUCAAGGUGGUGGAGUUGGUCAAAAAUUCAAACUUGCUACAGGAAAAUUCGAACAUUAUGAAAAACAUGUUACACAACCUUUAGAUUCCUCUAAAACUCUAACCGGCACUGAGCAGGCAAACGAAGGCCAACUUCCACAGGCGAUAGGGAAGAUUAGAGAUGAGGGUCUGGCAGAGCUUGAGAAGCUUAUAGGUGACCAACCCGGUCAUAUUAAUACGCAAACCUUCACCGGUCCGUUCAACACAAUUGAAAAAGAGCUUGAAGAGAUCAAGGAAUUGGUUGAUGGGGAGACAACUGGUGAACUAUUUGAAAGUGGCUCCAAAGGCCUCAAAACGUUUUUAACUGAGCUUAAAUAUGCGCUUAGAACAGGAAAGUUAGUCGGCACUAAAGAGGGCCUUGACGCAAUCAAAUCGGCAAUUGACAACCUGAAGACAAAUACGUAUGAUAAAAGGAGCAAAGAAAUUAACCAAGCCGUCAAAGCAAUUAAGACGCAGCUUGGAGUGCUUAGAGGGAAGUUGAAAACUGAAAAUGGAGAAAAUGAUAAAGAUGUCAUUAAAAGGCUUAAUCACAUGAAGGAGCAGGGCCUUGGAACACAGGAAGAUUGGAGACCGAACGGAACAAAGCGCAAUGGCCUCGGGAAAAUCCAGAGUGAGCUUAAUACUGAAAUUGUAAAGUUGCCGCAGGAAACAAAAAAAAUCACCGAGGCCGUAAACGCAAUAGGCGCUGAGAUUAUAAGGAUAGGAUUUCGGUUAAAUUCAUUUGUGACCUAUGAUGACGUUGUGGAUCAGAUGACAAGGUUAGCAAAGCAUCUUGGUACAUAUAAGGGUAAAUAUGGAAGAAAUUACACUGUCAACCUUAAAAGCAUUCAGGAGGUAAUUAGACUACUGCAAGCGCAAGCGUUUACUCAGAAACCCACAACCAUCCAUGAAGCCAACGAAGCAAUCAAAACAGCACUCAAAGCGCAGAUGAACGCGCUGGACGAAGAUGUCAUGAAGACGCUGAGUGACUUGAUGGGCAAGGGGCUUGGCAAAGAUGCAAGUUGGCAGGGAACUAAGGGCCUUGAAAAUAAUAAAAAUAACCUUCACACUCAACAAAGUGAGUUGUCCACUCAGCCCACUGCAAUCGGCGAUGGCGUCGACAAGAUCACCACAGAGCUUGAAGAGCUGAGGAAGCAGUUGCAGGGUGAGGAUGCCGGUGAGCCAAAAGAAAGAGGCGUGAUGAACAAUUUGGAUUUCAUGAUAAAGGAGAUUGGGAAAGACAAAUGUAGUGGACUUGAAGGCAUUGAAAAAGCAAUUGCAGAGCUCAACAGGGAUACAGUCCCUGACAUCAACAAAUUCCUUGGUGAACUGUGCGCCAAGAUUGCGAGCGAAGCCGGUAGUGUGGAUUGGAAGUUGGGGCUUUUCAAAGAUCAUAACAUCGACAAAGACCUCGCAAAAAUCAAGACACAAAUUGACACCCUCCGCAUCCGUGACCUCCAGGAGGCCAUCGCCAUGUGCGACAAGUUCCUCACCAACGCCGAUUACAUAAAAUGGGAGAAAGUAGAAAACAUUGAACGCUUCGUAGACAGUGAGAUUGAAAAGGCAAUCGCGGAGCUCACCAAGCAGGCGCGGCGUGACUACGUGGAGUCCGCGAAGGACGCGCUGAAACACUUUGCCGACAAGGUGGCCGAGGAGCUGGGGGAGCUGCCCGGCGAGAUAAACAGGGAUCUCUUCGUGGGCUUCAAGGGCUUCAUGAGGCAGAUGGAGGGUGAGCGCAGCGAAAACAUUAAUAGGCUAAGGAACGUGCAGAGCAGAAUGCUCCGAGCAUUGUCCUCCGCGUUCCAGAAUUUCUUCGCGCCGCUCCACGAGUAUCUCCGUAAGGAGAUUGAGAGAGUGAAGAAGGAGCGCGACGACGAAAAGAAUCCCUCACUGCCGAAGUCGGAAGAGCCCUACGCCGCCGAGUGGGACGCCGUGCACAGCGAUGUCAACGCCCUGCUCAAUUACCUCUGCGUGACGCAGGGCUUCGACGACAGGCUGCGAGGCCUGCUCCACAACCUCACCGACGCGCUCACACAGCUGACUCCGCAGUCGUUCCAGCGGCCCUCCACUCCCACGCUGGACUCCGUGAGCAGGGGACUCAGUGCCUUCGCCGGUGAGUUCGGCGGUGCGUACAUCUCCACUUACUCGGGCGCGGAGUGCCGGGAGGCGGACGCCGACAAGUACGCCAAGGUGUUGCUUAGCAUGAUCCCGAUGACGCACGAGGCGCUUAGCAACUUGGCAGAGAAAUGCGGCACCAACUGGCGAAGCUAUAAGAUAUGCAAGCUCACCGGCGACGACAGGGACAACGGCCUGGGCAACUACCUCACCAAAUGCGGCUACACAGUGUCACCCACCGACGGACUCCAGGAGGGGGAGUUGCAAAAUCAUUUUUCGGGCGGCGCAGUGUAUGAAUUGCUCAAAUCACCAGUUGCGGGUGUGACGACCAAAAUACUUAUCGGCGUCGAGCCUACAGAAAAUUAUAUUAAUGUCGUAGACUUAGUUGGUCUUCUUCAUAACAUGCUUUGUCGCUACCUCCAGGUCUGCCACCUUAAAGUACACGAAUCGCCCAGGUACCCCUGCACGGUGAGGGACAUGUUGUCUUGGCUCUCAGGCCUGCAGUACACUCCGGUGGCGGACAAACUGCCUGACCACUGCAGGGCGUUGCUCAACCGCAAGUGCGACGAUAACGAUGCCCCCAACAGGGACGACGCUGUCAUGGCACAGUGCAUAAAUGGCCUGCCGUUCACUAUCGCAGAAGCGUGUUCACACGCCAACUCACUGCUCGUAACCAUACAGGGCCAUGGCCGCGGCUUCGACCUGGCCGCCUACCCCUACUCCGUCGACUUCGCCAACAACACCGCACAGCUGUACUACCCGGACGACCCCGACGAGGUGCUGGAUAUGUUGAGGGGCAUAGUAUGCCGUCUGUGCCCCGUGCUGUAUUUCCUCUACGCCCAGUGCUGCCGUGCCACCGCCACAACCAAGGGCUGGCGGGAGUGCCACUACGGUCGGCAGGUGCCGUCCUCCCACUGGCAAUGUAACCCAUUAAACAAGCAGGCCACCGACGCAAGUCACAACUGCCCGCCCACAUCGCCGCUGCAGUCCUUCCUCACCGACAGCUGUCCCAGCCUCCUGCCGCAUAAGCUCAGUGUAGUUGACAAUGUCAUCGAAUGUGCCGACUGCCCUGCCAACCUACCAGGCCAACAGUGCCUCACCCCGCUCGGCUUCUGGGACCUUGGCCUCGCUGCCUCAGUAGAGCGCACCGGCAGGGAACUUGCGAAGUCUCUUGGUUACCUCUGCAGUGACGCCGACGCCUGCCUCUUCCAACUCUGCCGAACUCUGUGCUUGCUCUGCCCCGCAGCACCGCAGUCACUCGGCGACGUGUUUGCGCUGUUCUUCCAAAUGCUCAGAAUGUGGAACCACGAAUCGUCCCGGCGUGCGUACUCUCACCAUGAGAGUUACCUAACGCAUCUGAACGGUGAUGCUAUAAACAGUCUCUUCCCGCUGUGGCCGCAGCUCCACGGCAGCUACCAGAAUGACCAUCUCACCGACGCGCUCAAGGCACUCGCCGGCCAUGACCAUGACAACUCAGGGCACAAUGCCCUCUCAAGCCUCUCCGCCGAGCCCCCUUGUCAAUCACCCAGUGGAUGCGCCCCCUUCCUCCAGCCGCUGGCGCUGCACGCCAACCACACCUUCCCGCAGAAGCACGCACAGCUGUUUGUCUCGUGGAUAGUGUGGCUGGCAUGGCAGCUGUGGGAGCUGCUGGAGUCCCUGCUAGAAGCCUUGUCCAACAUCGACUGCACGGCCCACGGCUGCGCCACGUGCCUCUGUCAGCCAGGCAACCACGGCGACAAGGACUCCUGCCACUGCCCGUCACUCGUCGAAUGUGGCGGACCUCUGCCGACACUCUACCGCUACGGAUUCACGUAUCGCAACGCCCACGCCCUGCUCGCCGGCAGCCAGAAGAUACGGUGCAGUGACCUCAACGACCAACUCACCAAGGCACUCCACUCCGACCACUUCACUCAACUGUUCCACCAGAUCGACCAACUCCUCUACACCAUCCGCCUCCCCUUCCUCCUCACCCUGACAGCGCUCUGGCUCACCGCCCUCGCCUACAUCCUCGUCUCACUCCUCUACCGCAUCGACGUCCUCCGACUCCGCUCCCACCUCCUGACUACCAACGCCUCCCACCAACUCGACGUCAAGGCCCUGCUGUCCCGAAGCCGCAGGAUGCUCUCACUCUACACUGACGUCGACUACUUCGACGACGACUUUCACUCGUGA